AGUACUCACAUACAGAAUUCUGGCAACUUUGCCAAGUGUAAUACAAGAUUUGAUGGCCUUAAAACUAGCGACGUCUUAGCUUUCAUCGAUGCGAUCGAAAUCUACAAGACAUGUGUUAACAUGAGCGACGACGUAGCGCUGCGUGGAUUGCCCAUGUUACUAACGGGACUGGCCGCUACGUGGUGGCAAGGUGUUAAAAAUAGUACCCCGUCAUGGCAAGCAGCGUUAGAAUCGCUAAGGCAAACUUUCGGGCCUAGGCUGCCCGCACACAAAAUCUUUAGGUUAAUCUUUGAGCGCGAACAACAGAUUAACGAAACAACAGAUUUAUUUAUUUGCCAUAUAAGAGCAUUGUUCGCGCAACUUCCGCCACAUUCUCUAUCGGAAGAUGUACAACUUGAGAUGACGUAUGGUUUAUUACAUAAACGAAUACGCGAGAAAGUACCUCGUUCUUGUUUUACCUCGUUUGCGGAACUUAUAGCCCAAGCGAGACGUAUAGAGGACAUCCUAAAUGAGUCUCGCCCAUUACAAACAAAAUCAGACGUCAAACCUACGUUAAGCACGUUGCCGUCGAAUAAUACACAGCCAUGUUACACUCCGUCGCCUGUACACAAUAAACGACCUCAGUGUAGUUAUUGCAAGCGUUAUGGCCAUGUUAAGGAAGCGUGCCAGAAAUUGGCGGGAAAACCUUUAGAAGUCAAAGAGGGCGUAUUAGAGAAGAAGACACCGGCAGUUACUUGCUUCGGUUGCGGGACACCCGGACGUAUCCGUUCGAACUGCCCGACGUGUAAGGAGAAGAAGUCGUUAGAACCCGUAACCAGUUCGUUCCAAUCUGUUUCCGC